CCAAAUUGACCGACAUGUUGCUUGACAACAGCUUCAAAACAUUACAUCACCUUGCUCCAUUGUUCUCUUGAAAAACAACAUGUCUAUGCGUUGCGCCAGUGUAAUAUUUUAUGAUUUCAGACUAUGAAAGCAUGCGUUUGUUCUAUGAAAGAUUCGCACAUACAGUUGUCAAAUUGUGAAGGACCGAGUGAAAUCCAAUGAUGCACACCCAGGCUCACUUCUUGCUGCGAAAACAAUACCUCCAACUGCAGACAUCGAAUCUAAAAGGAGUGGAGGCCAAGCCAGUGAGUCACAGCCUGCUUGAAUGGGAGGCUAAAGUGGAAGGACUGAAAGACACGAUGUGGGAAGGUGCUGUUUUGCUGCUGACAUUGAAUUUCACUGAGGCUUACAACUCUGUCCCUCCAACUGUCGAAUUCAACGCCAUCCCUUUCCACCCCAAUGUGGACAAGGACACAGGUAGCCCAUGUAUCCCCUGCCUGGACAGUGAGUGGAACCCCAGCAUCUCAAUCAGCAGUAUUCUUCUGAGCAUCCAGACCAUGCUGUCCAACCCAGUCCUGGAGGGAGCGGUGAACCCCGAAGCUGCUGACAUACUCUGGUCCAGCCCAUCCACCUACCACCGUGUGGUGCUGGACUGUGUCAGGGCCAGCCAGGAACUGGAGAGGAACAGGAAAGCUGUGCAGUCGGGCUCACAAAACAGGCUUGUGAGGAGAAUCCCUUUUGAGGAUUAUCUGAAGACAUGGACAAAGAUGGCCACCACUAAAGCUGGCUCGUGGAUGAGGAAGGAAUCCCUGGAGGAUCUCAUCAAGUGCCCUGAGACCUUUGCCAUGUAUUAUGGAUCACCAGGCAAGGAAUCUCCCAUGGGUACACAGUGUGAAACGUUCAGAGCCUUAAUGUAUGGUACCGUGCACCAGCCUAAGAAGACCAAACCAGUGAGUGAGGGGAGACAGGCGAGGAUGGACCAAAUGAGAAAGAUUUACCUCCUCUACAGAGCACCAGACAUGCUGACCCCUCAGGUGAAUGUGCAGAGAGACUCCAUGGCCACCAGGGGUCUCUGUAGAGCACAUGACAGACAGCAACAGGACCUCUGGGAGAACGAGGUGGACAAACUGGUGGCCUGGACACACUCACUGUCAUUCGAGGAGUUGGAGGAGGAGUGAUGCCUCCACGUGCACAAACUCGAGCACGUACAUACACGCCUUGCAAUUGGAUACACUUGACCAAUAAA